AUGCUAGGCGCUACACAUCUCAGACUACAGAACUGUUUUCCUCGGGAACCAGACCAUCAAGUGCUGGUUGAUGGGGGCCUCGAAGAGUCCGCUUUGAAGCCAUCGUUUUGGGCCAUUGUGGUGUUGUGCAAUCGGGCGGAUGGCCCAUGCUCUUGGGCUGAAAUGAUGAAUGGAGUAUGCUCUCAAGAUAGGCUUCGACAAGGCCAGCAGGAACAACUACCAAGGGAUAGGUUUAACACGGAGGGCUAA